GUACUGGAGAGGUCUUAGUGUUGGAUGCACUGGUGCUUAUUUCAACUAUGUUCUAUACUUCAACUUAGUGGUGUGAGGGGAAAACGCAUCAUGUCAAGGUUAUAAAGUGAAGAACAAACUGGGAAAAAAACAUUCAGACACACUUGGAGAAAAUGGGGAAUUAAUUCAAACUUCAUUCAAACCAAUGCUACAUGAAAGACUUGUCUGUAGUACCUUAGUGGUGUGAAAGCACUUCUGAAGCCUUCUGGACCCCUUAAGGACACCUGGGAGAGGAGACCCGGUCAUGCACGCAGGUUGACGUGAGAACCAUCUGACUGAGCUGGUUGAAAAGCUAGCUGUUACCCUGUCUGAGUGGAAACCACAGAGACCAAGAUGGAGGCGGGACUACUGGAGAGCAGGCUGAGUAUGGAGGACUAUGAGAAACUGCAGAGCCUCUUUCUGGGUGACAGUGAAGCAGGCGUGUCCUUCUCCAGGGCAGAGUUUAUAGAACAAGCUUGGUCUGCAUUGAGACGUGGCUCCAGGGAGGAGUACGGCCUCCUAUUCGACAGUGUUGUUGUCACUCAGGAGCAGCGUAGCCUGCUAUUGGACAGUGCUGACGAGCGAGGGGAGAGGAGAGUAGACUGGGAGAGGCUGACUUCCUUCCUGCUGUUAGGGCUGUCAGAAAAAGAGGAAAAUGAACGGGCUGCCACCGUGCCUCGCUGGCAGCCUCCACGAACUCUGACCCCUCCACACCGUGACCCUGUCCAACAGGUGGUGUACCUGCGUAGCUCAAGCCGGUACCUGUCGGUGAGUAAGGGGGGCACGCUGGGGGUGUGGGCGGGGGAGGACUUUGCCCUUCUCCAAACACACCGCCUCCACAACGACUCUGUCAGGCCCAAAGAUCUCUGGGUAACAGCUAUGGUGGUGCUGCACAACGUAAACAAGAUAGCUGUGUCAUUCACCAGUAAGGAGCUGUGUUUCUAUGACUUGCUGUCCAAGCAGCAGUUUAGCUGCCAGUAUAAACUGCAGGGUCUGAGAUACGCCCCUCUCAGUCUGGACUACUGGUGUCACCCCACUUACCCUGCCCAGGCUGUACUCACCAUGGGAGACACCGGGGGACAGGUCAGUGCCAUAUGCUUCAGGUCAGCUCAGAUCUCCCUGUUUGAGAGGCCCAGUCCAGGGGCGGAGACAGACUCUGCUGACAUCAUCAAGUGGAAGGAGCUAGUUGAAGGUCGCCAUCGCUGCUGCUACACACUGAGACACCGAGCUCACGGACACGCCUGGGUACGCAGAGUUUUAUGA